AUGAUCAAUAUUCUUUCCAAUAAAAAUACAACAAUAACGUAUCUGAUAUUUGUUCUAAUUGUGAGUUUGAAGUUUGUAACUCUGAAACUUCGAAUAAAUACUAAUUUUUGCAGAUAUUCCCAGUUGUUAUUCUAUUCAAAUGUACAACAAAGAGAAAAGAAAGAAAACAAAACAAACGUCGAAAACAUUCAAUGACAUCUCCAUUGGGCGAAGAAGUAUCAGCCGAGGAAAAAACUGAUGUAAAUUGUCAGGCGGAAUUACUCAAUGAUUAUUUAUCAAAUGUCGAAUUAUUGGCUCCAACAUUACCCGGGGGAUGUAUGGAUGAUGAAAAUGCGGCAAAAGAAGCAUAUGGUCGUUAUUCAACAAAUUCUUAUCUUCCGAAAUUGGAGAUUCAAUCAAAACGAAUUGUAAAUGAUAUGAUUCCAUCAGAUUUGAUUGCAAUGGUUAAAGCACUUCCAAAACAUCCACCGAGAAGAUUCAAGGAAAAAAAGAAGACUGAGUCUGUGAGAAAAGAAACAAGAGAACAAAAAUGGAAAGAGUAUGUUUAACUUUUUCUAAUAAUAUCUAGGAGUUUCUGUAUUUGUUUUCAGUGUUCAUGUAAAUUGGCAUUCAAUUGGACUUGUUUUCAUUGUUCGAAGCAGCGAUCCUUGCAGAGCAAUUGAUGAAGGAGUUGUGGAUACUGUAGAUUCAUUAGAUGCGGAAUCACCCGGAAAAGGCGAAGAAAAAGUGAAUUCUGAAAUGACAAUGUCACAAAGGAAAACAAUGAAUGAGGCAAAUAAGAAGAAAGGAGCGGUAAAACACAGUAAGAAAAGUAAGAGGAGUCGCAAAGAAUUACCACUCGAAAAAACAAUGUUGUCCGAAAAAUCAAAGAGUCUUGAUAAGACUCAAACUGAAACUCAAAGAAAAAAGCUUAUAAAAUGA